AUGGCGAUAUCGCCACGCUGCCUGGAGUCUUCUGCUCCGGUGCCACCACGUCGGGCCUUGCUCCUGCUGCCCAGAAGGCGUCCACCGUUUGAGGGUGCUGUUCUAGCGGCGAUCGUAGCGGCAGCUCCACCCCUUCUCCAGCGAGCUCGACCAUGUUCGACGCAGACUUUCAAAUCAAAGAGAUGCAAGGAGCUUCCGCUUGGGGCGGCCUGCCUGGUGCUGUAUUCGGACGCAGAGGUCGGAAGCAGAAGGCUGAGCCGCAUCCACGACAUCCUCAAGGAAGCUGAGCAAAUGCUGGGAGGCUCGGAAGAGGCAGAGACCGAGGCACUCCAGCUCAGCCUUCACCUGAGGAGCUGCAGGGACGACCCCGGCCGACUGGGGCCCGGUGUGGGGCGCCUCAGUGCUUGGCUGAAAGAAGGUGCGUCGCAGGGUCGCCGCUUUCUGGGUGGAGACAGGCUGUCUUUGCGCAGCGACGUUGCUCUCGUCGGUGCACUGCUCACAUCUCGCUCCUGGUGUCGCCGCCUGGCUGGUGCUUCACUGCAGAAGCUGCAAGCUGCGAAACAGCCUUUGAAAGGGACUGACUUGGUCCUGCAAUGGAUGCUGACAGUCUUGAAUGAAGAGCCGUGCCAGCAGGCAUUGAAGGCGGCACGCGAAUUGGAAACCUCUUGGCCCUCUUUGCAAGACGAGGUCCUUCCCCCCGAGCUUUGCGACUUCCUCCGUUCUCUUGAAGUGCCAGAGCCGCUCUGCGCACAGGAGCUCCUUUCGGCCAAGGAGAGGGAAGAGCUGGAAGAGGAGCAGAGGCAGGCUGAGCUCGCUGGCAUUCCCCUCAUAAAGGCCGUGCAGGAUGGGGACGUUGAGGCAGUCCGCAGCCUCCUCGAAUCGGGUGUGAGUGUGGAUGCAAAGUUUCGGACCAAGCACCACGAAGUGCGGCUGGAGCACAUCGCCUGUGCAGUGGGCGUGUCUCGUCCUGCAUGUCGCCAACACGACGACGACCACCCUGCCAAGCUCAUAGCGCGAGACCUGAACCUUCGACUAUUUCCGGAUCGGGAUCCCUGCAUGGAAGCAAAAGGAAUCGAGAUCUUGCGAUUACUCGUCGAGUACCGAGGAUCGCUGGAGGCCUUGGACUCCGACGGCGGGACGCCGGCGUUUUAUGCGGCCAUGGCAGGAAAUGUGCGGUGCUUUGAGCACAUGCUGCAGGCAGGAGGUGAGAAGGUUUUUCACCACCAGGAUUAUUUGGACCGAUAUCCACUCUACUGGGCAACAUCAAACGACCAGCCGGCCGCGGUGCAGUGGUUAUUGCAGCACACUUGCUUGCCCGUGGAUGCACGCAGCCGGCACGGGCGAACUGCACUGGCGAAGGCUGCCUGGUCAGACUCUCCGGACAUCGCCGCGAUGUUGCUGGAGAAGCAUGCGGAUCCACGAAUCGUCGACGACCACCAGCGCACAGUUCUGCACAUGGCAUCUUGGGGUGCUUGGGGUGGUCGCCGUGGUGGCAAAUUUGUGAAUGGCCGCGCUGCAGGGGCCAGCCCCAGAUGCGUGCGGCUCAUCCUGACAACGGAGGAGGGGCGCCUUUGCAUGCACGCUGCCGACCGUGAUGGGGGGACGCCGAUUGCCAUCGCAUCAGCAACGGGCGCACUGGAUGCGCUCGAGGAGCUGCUGCAUUGCCCAGAAGGACUCAGGCAGGUCCGUGAUCCUCCACCGGAGCUGCAGGACUUUCUGCCUCUUGCAGCGGCAGCUUUCCGCGGCCAUGUCGACUGCAUGCAGAUGCUGCUGGAUGCUCGGGCGACGCCGGAGCUUCGCGCAAAGAGCACUGGCAGGUCUGCCAUGGACUUCGCCGUGAUCGGACAGGAGCUCCCCACUGCCGAGCUCUUGGCAAACCAGCUGCUGCCGGGUGCCAGCGCAACUGCGAUCUUUGCAACAGCUCUGACCUGGGCCGUGCACACCGGAGUGCCAGGCAUGAUUCGACUGCUUGCUCAGCGUUGUCCGGAGGCCUUGCAGAGUCAGGACUUUAUCCACCUGGUCUUGAUGCACGGGCCAAGCAGCCGUGCCGAGGUCACGUGGCCGCCCUUCCCGGCCAAUGCCGAGCAGCACCCAGCACCACCUCCAAGUCCCAGGCACUCGGCGCUGCGCCGAGGACGUCUCAAGCCAUUCAGUUCCAUUUCCAUCAUCUGCUGCCAAGCCCUUCUAGGGGCAAAGGCUGAGGUGACCGAGUCAACGCUGACCAGUGUGCUGAGGCGGGGACUGGGCCGCUCAGAGUCGGAGCAGCCGCUGCUAGACGCGCUGCUCCGAGCCUACACGAGGCCUCAGCGGCCUCAAGCCAAGCUGGCCUGGCCGCUGGUUGCAGCGGCAGCGGCCAAUAGCCCCGCUGCUGUGUCACUCCUACUGGCAUCGAAGGCAGAUCCUGCUGGUGCAGAUGGCUUCGCUUUCACCGCAGCUGCCGACUCUGAAGAGUGCCUCGCCCUGCUGCUCGAGGCCUGUGAGGGAGUGCCACGAUGUCCGAGGACGCUGGAUGUGACCGAAGAGGACAAAGUCAGCCUUCUGGAGGUUGCUGCGGCCAAAGGAAAUGCCCAGUGUGUGGGCCUGCUCUUCACCAUGCUGCAUGGUGAUGCAACUGCAGCUGCAGCGGCUGCAGCGGCUGCAGCGGCUGCAGCGGCUCAGCGCGCUGAGCACUUCGACAUCUCUCGUUGGCUUCAAUCUGCAGAGGGUGUAAACAGCAUAGUCCUGGGCUUUAGCACCUCAACGUGUGACAGAUCUGCAAGGACUGCAAGGACAAGCGACGAUCUUUCCGAAGGAGCGCAGCUGCUGUCCUGGCAAUCAGUGCUGAAACCUGCAGAUGCUGUGCUGCGCUCCUGUUGCUGGAUCGAGUGCUUGGCUGAUGCGAGACAAGCUUUGCGCUCGCUGGAGGAGGACCUGUCUGAGUUGGCCAUCCUCGGUGUCGACCUGGAGUGCUACGGUGACGUGGUUUGUACACUGCAGAUGGCGACAGUGAAACGGACGGUCGUCCUGGACGCGUUGAGACUACAUGGCUACAUUGCCGAGCUUGUGAGCAGUAUUUUCUUGGACGGAACCAUCACCAAGCUCUUCCAUGCACCGAGAAACGAUAUGCGGUGGCUUUGGAGCAACUUCGGCGUCCAAGUAGUAUCUCGGCCAGAGAAUGCGAGAGAUGCAGGUACCAACCUUGCCCGGUUCUUUUGCUUUCGCGAUGCCUUGAAGAGGUGA